AUGCGGACAAGAAGAACACGAGCACCACCGGCGGGGUUUGCCCUUGCGUUACCUCCUCCUGAGAUAUCUGAUGAGAUGCAGGUGCAGCAUAAGAACGAGCUUUGCAUAAAUGUGGAUGAUUCGAAUACAUCCCCUGUUGUCACGACGAAUGGUCCGCUUUUCCCCGCUCGGUUCUUCCAUGUCAAUAAUACGAAUCUUUUCGUGCUGAUGGAUGGAGUUUCGAUGUUCACCGAGGGAAAGACGACGACGCAGAAGGAGGAGGUGGCAUCACUUCUUCAUAGGAAAGAGGCCGAGGGCAUAGCAACAACCAAAUUAACAAAAAAAUCUCCCCAUCCUAUUCAGACGAGCGCUGUCGACUCGGUUGAAGCGGCCAUUCGCGGCAUUGAGGGCGAGGGCAACGACGCAUGCCCUUCUUGUGCGUCAUCUGUUGUACUCUCCGCAGCUGCACGGCCUCCGUUCGCGGUCACACAUUCGGCAGUGAGUGCCAUUCCAGCGCUCGUCACAUCAGAGGCACAGAGGUGUGAGGCGGUGGUGAAACAGCCGGGAAUACCGCAGGGAUACGCCGCACUUUUUGAAAAUCGAGUUGAUUUGCCGGCGGAUGGUUUAAGGAGAAAAUUUUCUUACAAAGACUCUUUUGUGAAGGUCCAUGGAUUUUUGCCCUGUGGCGCAGUCGCGGAGCUCGAGGAGAAGUCAUCGUCGAAUACACUAUUGCCGUCGGACUCCGCAAAGACUACGCUGGCACCAACGGGGGAAUCUUCGCUUUCCCCAACCACCUCCGUUGCGACAGAGACCUUCUCGCCCGGAAUUAGUGAUAUAAAAACGGCGGGUAAAGUUACCCGCAACAGUAAAAAAACACUGAAUCGAACAUUCUCUGCAGAGGAUGUUGGUCGCACGAACAGUUCGUUGGAUUUGGAUGCGGUGCAAAAACUAGACUUCAUUGGCAGGGGCUCACAAGGAACUGUACACCGCGUUAUGCUUGACGAAAAACUCUAUGCAUUGAAGCGUAUUGACGUGAAGGAGGUGACAGAGGCUACGAAUGCCGUAGAACGACAAGGUAGAAAACGAGGUCUUGUAAAGGAACUUAACAUGAUUCGCCUUCAGAGGUCUCGGGAGCCUCCAAGGCACUUGAUGCAGGUUUUUAAUGCUGUUGCUACCCUUGACAACGAGCGUCAACAUUUGUAUGUGUUGAUGGAGCUAAUGAGUUUUAGUGUAGAAGAUGCUCAGAAGAUGCUUUCACGGUUUCCUGUUCAUGAAAUGAUGAAAAUGACACAGUCCACUUUUCGAAAACAUCUUGCUGGAUCAGCUCUGGUUCAAAAACAAACUGAAAAACUGUUAAAACAGCAAUCUGCAUCAUGCAUGCAUCUGACAGGGCGAAGUUCUUACAACGUUCCAGAGGACUGGGAGUUGAGUAUUGAUCGUCAGACUCCCGCACCUGAAAUUAUUUUGUCCAUUUUAGCGUCUGACGUAUUAAAAGGGCUUCGGGAAUUACAUGAGGAGUACUCCAUUGUCCAUUGUGAUUUAAAGCCAGCAAAUGUACUACUUGAUUUUAAUAAAAGGUGUUUUAAGAUUGCAGACUUUGGGUGUGGGUGUCAGAUGGAUCCAAAUACACAACUGGUGAGAAGAACAGGGGUGGAUUUGGGCUCUAAACUGUACAAGGCCCCUGAACGCCUGCAGAAUGAAUUGGCUUUCGCCGAAAUAGAAGAUGAAAUGUUGUUAGUUGAAUUCACCCCCGCUGCCGAUGUAUGGUCUCUGGGCAUCAUGCUAUUGGAGCUAAGCAACGGUGUGAACCCAUGCUCGUCCUUCAAGUCUGAUUAUUGGAACUAUGUGAAUAACUUGAAACUGUCCCGAAUGGUGAAGCCUCUCGCAUGGUCUUCCGCAUUUUAUGACUUCAUUGUGCGUUGCCUCGUAAGGGAUCCAUCGCAGCGUUGGACGGUGAACAUGUUGUUGCAGCACCCUUUCAUUCUUCGGUACAGUGGGGUACCCCGUGAAAAACUGAAUUCAUUUAUGGAACGUCUAAAGAACGAAUCGGAAACAUUCCAACGUCGCCAGCAGCGCGAGCUUCUAGAGAAGCAGAUCUUACUGAGCACCGGCAAAAAGGCUCAUGACAGGUACCAAAAGCAGAGUUGGACACGCUGGAAGUCGUUUACCGGUUUUCUUAGUGUCGCCCCGCAGUUUCACGACACUGAGAAAUUUCCACUUUUGAGUUAA